AUAAAAGCACCACACUUCUGUUUGUCCACCUUCAAAAUAAAAGCACCACAAUUCACCUUGUCCAGUUUUAUAAUAAAAGCACCACGAUUCACCUUGUCCAGUUUCAAAAUAAAAGCACCACGAUUCACCUUGUCCAGUUUCAAAAUAAAAGCACCAGGUAUAAUGUUUACAAGGAGAAACUAAAACAGAGGAUUAAAUAUUUAACGGAUAGCUAGCAUUGUGAAUGGUGCGUCACUGUUUCUCCUCUAGCUCAUUCUGAUGUAGAGGUCGGGUUAUUUGAACAAUACAAGUAAAAAAAGUUUCAAUUCUUACUUAUUGUGUGUCCCUUUUAACAGUUGGAGGGAUCGAUCCCUGGGACUCGCUGGAGGUGCCAAGCAAGGCGGCCAUGUCUGUGACUGUUCAUGAGAAUCGAAAAUCCCGCACCAGCACGGGCUCCAUGAACAUCUCACUGUUCCACAAGCCAUCACACCCGGACAGCGUGCUGACUCACCUGAACUCCAUGAGGAAGCAGUGCAUGUUCACUGACGUCACUCUGUGGGCUGGAGACAGAUCUUUCCCCUGUCACAGAGCCGUCCUGGCAGCCUGCAGUCGAUAUUUUGAGGCCAUGUUCAGCGGAGGACUGCGAGAAAGUCUGGACAGUGACGUCAACUUCAGAGACAGCAUACACCCCGAGGUCCUGGAGCUCCUGCUGGACUUUGCCUAUUCCUCCAGAGUCAUCAUAAACGAGGAGAAUGCCGAGUCGCUGUUGGAGGCGGGCGACAUGCUUCAGUUUCACGACAUCCGCGACGCGGCUGCAGAGUUUCUAGAGAAGAACCUGCACUCGUCUAACUGCCUGGGGAUGAUGCUGCUGUCAGACGCUCAUCAGUGUAAAAGGCUGUACGAGCUGUCGUGGAGGAUGUGUCUGCUUCACUACGAGACGGUGAGAGAGUCGGAGGAUUUCUACAGUCUGAAUAAAGACAAACUGCUGGAGCUGAUUCUGAGCGACGAGCUGGAGAUAGAAGAUGAACAGGUCGUCUUUAACUCGGUGUUGCGGUGGGUUCGGUACGACCUGGAGGCUCGGCGUCACCACUUACCUGAGCUGCUGCGGGGCAUCAGGCUGGCUCUGCUGCCGUCUGAGUGUCUGCUGGAGGCCGUGGCCUGUGAGGAGCUGGUGAUGGCCGACAAGAGGAGCAGGUCCAUAGUAGAGGAGGCCAUGCAGUGUAAGAAGAAGAUCCUUCAGAACGACGGCGUGGUGACCAGUCCCUGUGCUCGACCACGAAAAGCUGGACACACGCUGCUGAUCCUGGGAGGCCAGACCUUCAUGUGUGACAAGAUCUACCAGGUGGACCAUAAAGCUAAAGAGAUCAUUCCUAAAGCUGACCUUCCCAGUCCCAGGAAGGAGUUCAGCGCGUGUGCUAUCGGCUGUAAGGUGUACGUGACGGGAGGUCGAGGGUCGGAGAACGGCGUUUCUAAAGACGUCUGGAUCUACGACACGGUCCACGAGGAGUGGUCCAAAGGAGCGCCCAUGCUGAUAGCCCGGUUCGGCCACGGCUUCCGCUGAGCUGGAGAACAGUCUCUAUGUUGUCGGAGGUCACACGGCCAUCGCUGGAGUGUUUUCCCGCCUCUCCA